AUGUAUCAGAUUGGCAACAUCUACGGCAUCACCGCCAUCGCCGUCAUUGGCGGUGGCCUGUUUGGUUUCGACAUCAGUUCCAUGAGCGCCAUCCUACCAACCCAGCAAUACCGCUGUUACUUCAACCAAGGCCCAUCUGGCCCGCCCUUCACUGGCCCUGACGAGGCAUGCUCUGGCCCCAAGGCCGAUGUCCAAGGUGGUAUCACCGCUGCCAUGCCUGGCGGUUCUUUCGUUGGUGCUCUUAUUUCAGGCUACCUCACUGAAAAGCUGGGUCGUCGAGGUGCGAUCCAGGUUGGUUGCGCUGUUUGGAUUAUUGGGUCUAUCAUCUCGUGCGCGUCACAAAACAUCGGCAUGCUCAUCGUCGGUCGAUUCAUCAAUGGUCUCUCUGUCGGUAUCUGCUCUGCUCAAGUUCCUGUCUACGUCUCUGAGCUAGCACCCCCGACUCGCCGCGGUCGUGUAGUUGGAAGCCAACAGUUCUCGAUUACGAUUGGUAUAUUACUCUUCUACUACAUUUCCUACGGUUGCAGCUUCCUGGACGGUCCCAAGGCCUUCCGUGUCCCAUGGGGUCUUCAGAUGAUUCCCGCCGUCAUUCUUGCAGCCGGUCUCGUAUUCCUUCCUGAAUCACCACGCUGGCUCGCCCGUCACGACCGCUGGGAAGAAACACAAGCCGUUCUCACACUGGUCCAUGGCAAGGGCGACCCCAACAGCCCUUUUGUCAAACUUGAGAUGGAUGAAAUUCGCCAAGCUAUUGAGUUUGAGCGCCAGAAUGCUGAUGUAUCUUUCAUGGAACUCUUUAAGCCCAACAUGAUCAACCGUCUCCACAUUGGCGUCGCUAUCCAAGUUUACUCACAGCUGACAGGGAUGAAUGUCAUGAUUUCCCGCCCUCCUCUCAUGGACCGCUGGGGUCGCCGCCCCAUGUUUGUCAUUGGCGCCAUUUUCAUGAUGACCUGGAUGUUCGCCAACGCCGGUCUCAUGGCUUCCUACGGGAAACCCGCACCGCCCGGCGGUCUUGAUAAUAUUGCCGAGCAAUCCUGGGAAAUCACGGGUGCCCCUGCCAAGGCGGUGAUUGCCUGCACAUAUCUCUUCGUGGCAUCUUACGCACCAUCCUGGGGUCCAGCCUCGUGGGUCUACCCACCCGAGAUCUUCCCUCUCCGCAUCCGCGGCAAAGCUGUCGCCGUCUCCACAUCCGCAAACUGGAUCUUCAACUUUGCCCUCUCGUACUUUGUUCCUCCCGCCUUUGUCAACAUCAAAUGGAAGGUCUACAUCAUUUUCGGCUGCUUCUGCGCUGCCAUGGCACUCCAUAGUUUCUUGUGUUUUCCUGAGACGGCUGGCAAGACACUCGAGGAUGUCGAAGAAAUGUUCAUGAGAGGUAUCCCUGCAUACAAAACUGGGGUCGAGUACAACUCUACGAGAAAUGUGGAGCGUGGUCACGUUGAUGCAGAGAAGAAGAUUGGGUUGGAACAUAGCCCUGAAAGGGUGGAGAACUCUGAGACUAAAAUUUAAGGGCUUUCUUAUGGUGUUGGCAUGUGUUUUAGGGUGUGGGAAUCAUGGUAUGCGAGAUGCUCUGGUCUG